AAUUCGCCGCAGAGGGCUUUUUAGAAAAUGCAGUAAAUACUAAAAAGAACUUAGAUUCUGCAGUAGUAUCUCCACAAAGGCAGGCGAAAACACCGUCAAUAAACUGAAGUUGGUUGAAACCAUAACAUAAUGACUACUUUAGAUGACAAGCUAUUGGGAGAGAAGACACAGUACUACUACAGUGACAGUGAAGAUGAGCGGGAGGAAGACGAUGAUGAUAAAUCCAGCGGAGAUGAACAAAACAAGGACUGUGCUGCAUCACCUGAAGCUGAAUUCAUUCCAGAAGCAGAUCUUAGUGCAAGCGGUUAUGGAGCAAGUCGGACUGGACCAAAAGGUGUACUAGCAGACUGGAGAAGAUUCAAACAGCUUGAGACAGAGAAGAGAGGAGACCAGGAUAGAGAAAAGAGACUCCUGGCUGAAAAACUGUCUAUGACAUGUCGAUCCUAUCUUGAUGAUGAGAAAGCCAAGGAGGAUGAAGAGCUUGAUCAGCUUCAACUAGAAUCCAUGUUGGAAGAUGAGUUCAUGAGGAGAUACAGGGAAGAAAGGAUGAAUCAGAUGAUAUUGAAUAUACAGAAAAACAGCCCAAGAUUUGGCAAACUGUUGCGUCUCAAUAAAAAUAACUUUGUUGAUGCAAUAGACAGUGAACGCAAGGAAGUGACUGUUAUCAUCCACAUAGAAGAUCAAUCGCUUCAAGCCUGUGAGUCUAUGAAUGGAUGCCUUCAUUGCUUGGCUCAAGAAUAUCCCUUUGUCAAGUUCUGCGCAGCUAAUGCAGCAGAUAUUCAGACCAGCCAGUUAUUUACAGAGAAAGGCCUCCCUGCUCUCCUAGUCUACAAAGCAGGCCAACUCAUCGGCAACUUCAUCAGAGUCUCGGAUGUGUUCGGUGAAGACUUUUUCGCUACAGAAGUAGAGAGUUUCUUACAAGAGCAUGGCUUGCUGCCGAACAAAGACGAUGCAAAGGUCAUCCCAGGUCACGUGGAAGAAGAUGAGGACAGUGACCUUGAAUUAGACUGAAGUGGAGUGGAGACCCAGAUUUUCAAGAGAUGGGGUUGUGCUACGAUUUCAUUCCACCUUACAUCCAAUACCCUCUUCAUGUUGUCUGGAAAAAAGUAUGAUACAGUCUGCCAUAAUUUGUAAGCAUUGUGCUUUUGUAUCUAUUGUUUCAAUGCCGCAAAUCUUGCUAUUUUUGUUGUUGGCAGAUGUAUGUGUACGUUGGAGUGAAGAUUGCAUGAUUGCUCCGAACCAAGGGGUAGGAUGUAAUCGCCAGCAGCAUAGAUUUGUUUUGCGUGCUGCUAGCAAGUGCGGAAAGCAAACGUUUUAACCUUUCAAGUGAGAGUCUUUUCCUUUCACAUUGCCUGCAUGUUACAACAAAUUGCGGCCUCUUGGCAGAUAAUGUACCAUUUAGAGGUCUGUGAUUCGGGAGCGUAAACUUUAAACAUCAAAUUCAAUGAAACAAGCUUUUUUUCAAGCUUCACAAUCUCUUUAUAUGAAUUCAGUCAAUAUGAAAGGGGUAUUGGACAAAAGUACUUUUCCAAGAGUGGUAGAUAUUUCCGGAAAAUCACCCCUCAUGGAACGACCAGGUGCAUCGCGCUACAAAGUGCGGGCACUGUACAUUGGAUUUACGGUACUUCAUUCCAGAUGAUGUCUACAUACAAAUUUCAAGUACUCUGUAUCAGUAUGGGAGGAGGAGGGGGGUGGGGGGGGGGGGGAGGUUUCUUCAACUUCUGUAGGUGUAUAGGCAAAAUUCAACUCUGUCCUAAUCUGAUGUUGCCUGCCAAAAUGUCAACUUUCAAAUACUGUGAGCAAGGGAAGUGAGUGAGCAAGAAUGUAACGCGUUAUAAUUGCUGCAAGGUAAUUUUAUGUAAGAAAUGUUCUAGAAGUAGUAUAUAAAAUCUAAGUAGACUACCCUGCUGCCCAAAUGUUUAAAGGGUUGCCUGAAUAAUAGCAAUUUCUCAAUCUUGCGGGGCUGCUGCCUCCCCAGCCUGUACAUUCUCAACUUUUUUUAGGAGCUUUCUACUUUGAUCUGAACAAACGAAUGUCAAAGCAGUUUCAUCAAUCAACCAAGCCAUAUUUAAUGUUAAUACAGUGUACGCCUAUGUAGAAAGCAUUGUCUUUCGCAGAAUGUUUUGACCGGUAUUUCAUGUGACUCUUAUUUGAUAGGUGCUGAAUUAAUUGUCUCAUUUUCAUUUCCAUUACAGUUUUCACUUGCAAGAAAAACACAAUAUAGCUGUGUAUAACUUGUGGCUUAUGGUAUGAAAAAUGUGAUACAGUGCACUUUGUCUGCCUCUGUUAUCAAGUCCAAUUUUGUUUCUCUCUCCAAAUUUGAAUAACUGACUUUCAUGUUGUGUCAUAUAGGGCUUUAUAAUACCACCACAAUUUCUCUUUCUGUGAUUUUGUGACUGCAUGAUGAUGAUUACAUGCAAGCUGUCCCAUUUUAGAAAUGGAACUUUUAAUAUUGAUGAGUUUACGUUUUAAUCUUAUGAAUAAUAUAUGUUGUACCCUAAUAGUACCUGGCAGGGUUUCUACUUUAUAAUUAGGUUUCAAAUUUCACCUUGUUAAAAUGGAUAUGGUAAAGAUCAAAUUGUGUGUGAGGUGACUAAAAUGAACUGGCUCUCAUAUCUCAUAUCUCACCAGUAUUUGUCAUGUAGGACUUUGGGGGUUUCUUGUCUCAUUUAGCAAGAUGUAAAUCGGUUUGCUUGUAAAUCUUUGGGAUUAGAGUAAUCCCUUUAUUGAGGUAUAUCAAGUGGUCUGGAAUGCAAAUGAAUGAGUACAAUUUGCAUGCAUCAAUUUAUUAUUGAUGGCAAACUGUAGUAUAUUGCAUGGGUAACCAAAGUCUUUAUACAGGCCGGUCUAAUUAACCCUCAAAUGCCACACAAAUAAUCUCCCUGCGCUACAUUGUAGUUUUCCUGGGAUAGAUAAACCAAUGGCUUUGAUAUUAUGUAAAUAUUUCCAGUGCAAGGUUAAUUUAUAUUGGUGUUAUGAGGGUUGUCAUGGAGCUAUGGGUAAAAAUGGGUAAUUUUGCAAAGCCAUUAUGUUGCAUAAAGAAAUCCUUUCUCUAUCGGUGCCUAUUGUUUUGUGCAAAAUUGCAUGUGUGGCAAACAAAAGUCCAUGAAGAGGUGCAGAAAGCAACCAAAGUGUUAAUAAUGUUGCAUAAAUUUGUUGUAGAAUUUUUUUCUUUUCUUUACCUGACCAGUUUUAGGCUGGGUAAAGGAGGAGCAAAGUCCUUAGGUUAGACAAAUGGUUAUACAAGUGAUAUGUCAUAAUAAUGAUGACAAUUUAUGAUUGCAAAAUUGUAUAAUAUUGUAUGUGUGUGUAAUACUGUCUUAUUUAUGAUUGAUAACAUGUUGUUAAUGCUAAUUCAGUCCUAAAUGUAAUUAGGAACUUUGUAAUGUUAGAAUUAUAGAUAUGAAGAGUAAUAUGAUGAAAAUGACUACAAAAAGACUACAAAAAUAACAAAAGAUGUUGAUAAAGAUGAUAAUAUCAAUCAACUCUUUGCCUAACUAUUUACCUUGAUGUGCAGGGGGGGGGGGGGUCGGACUAUACCAUUUAAGAUCAAGUAAAUUCGUAUCUGACAGUUUUCUCAAACAAAUUUUUAUACUGUAAAGUGUAAAUGGAAUCAUAAUAUGAUGGAAAAUGUUGUAGUGAUCAGUGAUCACCAUGCUAUAAGUACUUGCAUUACAAGAUGUUCAUCAACUAUUGUGGUAUGUUAAAUUAGGCACAUCUUCAAGUUGAUGUUUCUAUAUAUCUAUAGUAAUGUUGUUGAUAGAGUCGUAACAGGUGAGCUAAUACUUUCAACAUCAAAAUCUCUGUUUAAUAGAGCAGAAAUGUACGUGGAUGAACAAAAAAUGAUAUCUUGUCUCUUGUCUAUUGAGUCCUAGAGAAGAUUUGUUGACUCAGCCGGUAGUCUCGAGAUAUAGGCAAGAAAGGUUGAUUAUUAAACUAGCCCACUUUUCAUUAUCCAGACCUGGGACCUGUUUCACAAAGCUUUUUUUCAAUGAUAAAAAUCAGUGACAUAUCUGCUGAUAACCAAUCAGAAGCGAGGAUAUCUCUAGCUAAUAACAAAACCUGUCAUUUGUCACUGAUGACAAGUUCGGUGAAAUGGGGCCCUGUCGAUGGAUAGUCGAUUGAAUACAUUUGCACUGCAUGCCAAGGACAAUAGUACAACGGGUCCAGCGUCUUUUUUUCUGUUUUGCUCUUUGUUUGACGCAAGUUAUCUCAUUUAUUAUGUAGGAUGGACUGCUCUCAAUUAGGUUUCUAGAUGAAUAAUGAAACAGUUUUGAAUUGAAUUGUCUGUAGGGUAGACAAUAGGAAGCUGUAUUGCUUGUAGGUAAUCCUUGAGCCUGAUUUGAAAUUAUCAAAAUCAGGAUCUUUGUUUUAAAGUCAUACUGUUCACAUACUAUAUUUCGAGGUAUCAAAGUUUGUAAUUUUGCCAAUUGUAAUGAAAUCUCUGUAGGACUUCAAAGUGUGCAAUACUCUCUGAUUAUCAUGAAGUGUUUUUUCCUAUGUGAUGAACAUAAGAAUGAAAUCAUGCAGUUAACAACUGACUGUUUUGUUUUUUCAUCUAUUUUUAUGUUUUAAAUGUUAAAAAGUCAUAAGUACUGUACAUCAACAUUAUGUAUGCUGGAAAGAGGCAAGGUUUAAUGGCAUAUAAAUAAAUGCACAAAACUAAAAGUAUAUUAUGAAAUCUAUUACAUGUAAGAUGUAUUCCAUUGGAGAACAAGAUCCUAACUUCUGGAUAAAAGAUUGAUAUGCUUGGCUGUUUUUACAUUUCAAAAACCACACUAGAGAAAACAAUUUUUGUUUAAACAAAGUCUUUGCUUGUAAGUAGUGUGUUUAGUUAUGUGUUUUUUAAUCCAUAUGAAAUAAAUGCUUAAACAUGCUAACUGUU